CCCGCGCGUCUCGGGUAAAAAUGACCACCCUGUUAUAUACAUAUUUAUAUAUACAUAUGUAUAUGCAUGUACAAAUAGAUUGGCGAUUUGGCGGUCAACAAAACAAGAGCUCGACGGAAACCAUCGAGUCGAGAGACCCGUAAAAUGGGGAAGUUCUCAAUCUGUGUUUUCCCUCUUCUGUUUCUAUUCGUCACUUCCGCCGCCGCCGCCGCAGCAUUGCCUCUAUCCACCGAUUCUCGGUGGAUCGUUGGGUUGACCGGGCGGCGCGUGAAGCUCGCGUGCAUCGUUUGGCCGUCGCAUCUCGAUGCUGCGGUGGCGGAAGGUCUGAGCAAGCGUCCGAUGGAUGCGAUCGCUGAGAAGAUUCUCUCUAUGGGUUUCAAUUGCGUCAGGUUCACUUGGCCUCUCUAUUUAGCCACCGAUGACUCGUUCGCUUCUAUGACUGUGAGACAGUCUUUGCGAAGACUUGGGCUUUUCGAAGCCAUUUCCGGUGUUCAAGCUAAUAACCCCUCCAUUAUUGAUCUUCCUCUUAUCAGAGCUUUCCAGGAAAUGGUGUCUUGUCUUGGAAAGAACAGAUUGAUGGUGAUAUUAGACAACUACACAAGCCAACCAGGUUGGUGUUGCAGUGACAACGAUGGAAACGGUUUCUUCUGGGACAGACAUUUUAAUCCUGAUCUUUGGAUCAAUAGUCUGAAGAAGAUGGCCUCAAUGUUUGCUAAUGUGUCCAAUGUGGUUGGUAUGAGCUUGCGGAAUGAUCUUCGAGGCCCUAGACAGAACACCGACGAUUGGUACAAGUAUAUGCAAAAAGGAGCUGAAGCUGUCCAUUCGAUGAAUCCUAACGUUCUUGUCAUAGUAUCUGGACUCAGUUACGAGACCGACUUGUCAUUUCUCAGGGAUAAAUCACUAAACCUCACCUUCACAAGGAAGCUAGUGUUUGAGAUUCAUUGGUAUGGGUUUUGGAACUCAUGGGAGACAGAAAACCUGAACCAGAUCUGUGCUAGAUUAACAGAAAACAUGAUGAACAUGUCUGGAUUUCUGCUAGAAAAAGGAAUCCCUCUGUUCGUGAGUGAGUUUGGGGUUGAUCAGAGAGGGAACAACAGAAAUGACAACAGGUUUCUGAAUUGCUUUAUGGCUGUAGCUGCUGAACUUGAUUUGGACUGGGCGCUCUGGACGCUUGCAGGAAGCUAUUACACGAGAGAGAAAGCUAUCGGGGCAGAUGAGUAUUUCGGAGUUUUGGAUUGGAGUUGGAUUGGCAUAAGGAAUUCAACCUUUUUUCAGAGGAUUUCUGCAAUCCAGCGCCCAUUUCGAGGGCCAGGAUUGAUGGAAACUUACCCGCACAAGGUGAUUUUUCACCCUUCAACCGGACUCUGUGUUGUGAGGGAAUCAUGGCCUAACCCUUUUAGACUAAAGCUCGGUCCAUGCAACGAGUCAGAUAGUUGGAGACAUACGCCUCACAGGAUUCUAUCGGUUAAGGAACAACUCCUCUGCAUAAAAGUCGAUGAGAGAGGACAGCCCGCAAAGCUGCGUAUAUUUUUUUCCGAGGCUUCUUGUUCAAAAUGGAAAGUGACAUCUGAAUCAAAGAUGCAACUCGCAUCCCUAACAUGGAGUGGAGCAUCUGUCUGUUUGGAUGUGGAUUCAGACAGCAACAUUGUCACAACCAGCUGCAAAUGCUUACACGGGAACGAGCCAUGUGACCCGGGGAGCCAGUGGUUCAAGCUCGUUACGAGCACGAGAAGAAGAAGAACGAAAGCAAAACCUCUCCUUUGGGUGAACCCAUACAGUAAGACACUCUUCCCAAACCUUUUCCAAUCUGCAAGAGAUCAAGGAUCCAAUCUGGAUUUUAAAACAACUGGAAAAAAAAUCCUUUCUUUAUGAUUCUUGGUGCUUUUUUUUUAUCUGUGUGUGUAUAAUACUUACACUGGUACAUACAAUACACAGUCCUGCACAUGUAAUACACAAUUCAUAUCAAAGGCAUACACUUUCUUGGAGUUGUUUA